AUCAGUGUUGAAAAGACAGUGAGGUUGGUCUCAUCGACAGUGUCUUGUCUUCUCGACUUAGCGUGCGAGUAUAAGCGAGUGGAGGCACGCAAAUGUGUGGUAUCGACUCUUUCGCGAAGCACGUAGGUAUUCCGCGCGCGAGCAAAGUACAACAGUUUUGAUGUUGACCAGGUUAGAUUAAAUUCAUCAUUUGCCGGUUCGUAACCCGGUCGUGAUCGUCGCAGUCGUCACACCGUUUGAUACGACCUCGACGAGAAGCCGGGCACAGUCGUCGCGGAUGAGUGCCGUCGUCGUGCGACGUCUUGCAUACGUGGCAAAGGUUGUUCACCAAUCAAAAGUGCCUGCUCACCAAUAGGCGUGGCUUGAAGCUUCACGUAUAGCUCGCCUCACAUCCGGCGGCCAUAGUGCUUCGGGAGAUCGUCGCGUGUGUGUGUGCGGAAUUCACGCUCUCGUUCCCUGCCUGGUCGUUUCUUCGCGAUACAGUCGUGCGAGCGUCCGAGCGAGUCGCACAGCACGCCGCGGAUCUGCGUUGAAUUGCGUGUCUGCUUUGCGUAUCCACGAUUGCUGCAUUUCUGAACGGAAUCUACGACGAUAGCGAACGUUGUUCUCGAUAAAAUAGUCGAAGAUGGAUAUUCAGACAGGGUUUGUGUAUAUUGGAGUAGUUGUUGCUUCUGCAUUGUUGAUCGUAUUUAUGUCGAUUUUUGGAAUAAAAGAGAAAUCAUAUGAAGAAGCCAUUGCUGAGCAGAGAAAACUUCCUGAUGACUUGUUAUCAAGUAAAAAGGAUAAAAAUAAAGAAAAGAAACAUAAGAAUAAAGCAGGAAAAAAAGUGAAAGAGAAGAAAGAAGAGAAAGAUGAUAAGGAUGAUAAAGAUGAAAAGGCAGAACAUGUACAGUUUGAGGAAAUUCCGCAGAUACUGCCUCCAGAACCUCCAGCACAGGAGAGUAACAAGGGAAAUAAAAAGAAAGGAAAGUUUGAAAAGAUCAAACCAAUCCUCAUAAAUAAAGACGAGCCAUCGACCAUUGUGACUGAAUUAAGUCCUUCACAACUUCCUUUGGCAGAAGCUAAUCAUUUUGACAUUAUUCAUCCAAAAGAUGACCUUGAACUCGUACGAAGUCACAGUAGAGAAAAUCUUCAACAGCUUAGUCAACCAGAAACUGCGGCAAACAAGUCGCCAAAAGAUACACCAACUAAAUCAAAGAAGAACAAUAAAGACGUCGUAAAAAAGAAAGAUGAAAAUGCUAAAGACGAGAAGCAAGAGGUUAAUACUCAAACUAAUGCAUCGUUCGCUAAUAAAGAAACCGUGAAGGAAAUAAAAGAGCAACAGAAGGAAACGCCAGUUAAAGAGAUAAAAGAAGCUGUUAAAGAAACUGCACCUAUUGUGCAGUCUGCAAAUAAGGAGUCUAAAAAAACGAAGAAAAAGAAUGACAUUUUAGCUCAGAUUGAGGGAGAUGCUGUCAAUGUUCAGCUUUUGAUGCUGUUUAUCCAGAAAGCAGAACUUAGUCGAUCUGAGAUACAGAUUCUUAUUGACCAUCUUUUGAAUAAGCAAAUGGACAACCCGUUAGAACAUUCUGAAUGGACAGAAGGUCGUGCUGAUCCUGUCAUUAAGUUAAAAAAACAAUUGGCGGAAAAGGAAAAAGCAUUAACUGAUGAACAUGAAGCCAGCAUAGCUUUCCAAAAUAAAUUAAAGGAAUUACGAGCCGAAUUGAAUGGAGAGCGAUCCAGGUUUUCAGCUAAUACUAGACAACUUGAGGAGACAUUAAGCGCUAAAAUGACAGAAACUCAAACUUUACACACACGGAUGCAACACAUUCUGGAGAGUCACGCUGCCGAGAAGCAGGGUUUCGCCAGACAAAUCGAACAAUUGCAGACUAAAGUAAACGAGGACGCCGCCAUUAUUCAUAAGAUGCAAGAGGAACAAGGACAGACUCAGGGUCAUCUGCAACAGGAGUUGAUCGCCCAACGAAAACAAAUGGAGGUACAGUUUGCUCAAAUGCGUGAUACUGAAAACACGUUGAAGUCGCAGCUUGCUCAGAGGAAUGUAGAAGUACAAGAAUUGCAAAAUGAACUCCAAGCAACCUGUGAAAGUAGUAGCGCAGAGAUGGAGCUGUUACGUCAGCAAUUGGGAAUAAUGCAGGGCCAAUUGAUGCACUCGGAAGGGCAGAUACAACAUCUCAAAGAAGCAAGUGGCACAUUGCAAGAUGUCGCUAGACAACUAGAAGAAUCCCAUCGUGCGCAGGCAGACUUGGAUCACAGAUUAAAAAGUGCACAUCGUCACGAACAGGAAUUGCAAAAACAAGUAAAUUCGUUACAAGCUGAGUUGAAUCUCGUGAAAAACGAAGCUAAUGAGACCCCUGCUUUAAAAACUGAACUUAGUAAGGUUCAAUCUGAAUUAAUAAAAUUGAAGACAGAACUAUCAGUCACGCUGAACGAAGCGAAAUCAGAAGCGGCCGAAGUUACAGCUCUGAAAACCGCAUUAAAUAACAAAGAGGAUGAAUUAAAGAAGUCUCAAAACGAACUUAAUAUCGUGCAAAACAACUUACAGCAGACAAACGCACAAGUCAUGCACAUGGUAUCUAAAUUGAAUUCUGUUCAAAAUGAAUUAGACACAGUAAAAAUCGAAUACGAGAGAACAGAGCGUAACUUAAAAGAAGCAAUAAACGAUGCAAACAAGUAUCAGAAUGAGGUACAAAGAGUGCAUGAUGUGCAUAAGACCGUACAAACGGAUUUGGCUAAGGCUCAUGCUAUGAUUGAAGACCUGAAAGAAGCUCUGAGUGAAUUGAAAGUCUUAGAAAUUGAGAACAGCAGAUUACGAAACAACGAGAAACAAAUAGGAGAGGCUCAAUUGCAAAUCACGAAACUUCAAGAAGAAAACGAUAGAUUACGUGCUGAGCUUACAAGUGUCGUGGAACAGCAAAAAAUACAGGAACGUGGACAAGAUAACAUACCUACGAAUAUAUUAGCUGUAACUAGACUCGAACGUCCGGCUGCGGAAGGACGUGAGAAUAUGGAAGACGAAAUCCAAAAGAACACUCUUGGAUCUUUGGAUUAUGCUAAUUUUCAUCCAUCCACUACGGAGAAAGCUCUACUAGAUGAAUUAAAGAUCCAACUAAUACACAAAGAUGAAGAGCUUAAUAGGUUAAACGAACAAUUGAUUGUGUUAAAAAAUGACAUAAGUGAACACAGUGUUCUUACUAGGCAACUACGAGAUGACUUGGAAAUUCAGAAAUCCAAAAAUAAUGAGUUACGCACAAAGAACUGGAAAGUGAUGGAAGCUCUUUCUGCUGCUGAAUCGCGUGCUAAAUCUAGUGGUGGAAAGAGUAGUGGAGAAAUUAUGCAAGAAGUCAAAGUAGAACAAGAGGAAAUAACCAAGGCUCUUCUACAGAGGAUAUUUCCGGAAAUUAAAGUAUCUGAAAAGACUCAUGAACAGUGGCUCAAAACUUUUGAAUAUAAAGUAUGCACUGUUCUAAAUGAAUUAAAACAGAAGAGCACAACUCACGAAAAUUCAGAUUUAGAAAAGCAAAAUAAAAACUUACAAGACGUGGUUUCGCGUUACCAGCAGGUUGUCAAAGAAACGGAAGGUAUGCUUAGUAAACUACAAAGUCACGUAGAAUCCGAGGAAACAAGAUGGCAGGUUCUACUUCGACAAAAGGAGAACGAAGUGGCAAGUCUUAGAACAGAACUUAAAGACAUCCAAACCAAACUAAACGCAAGCGAGAAACUUCAGCAGAAGGCAAUUGAGUUAGAAACCAGAUUAGCCAAUGCUGAAUCUCUUACAGAACAGACUAUUGCUGAAUUAUCAGCACUUCGAUCUGCGCAAAAAACAGUUUCUAGAGGAGAAAUCGACGGUUAUCAGCUUGCUACUUUAGAAAAACUACAAGAAGAAAAAGCCCGUUUGUCGCAAGAACUGCAAACAGAGUGCAACAAAAGGGCAACGUUGGAUGCCGAAGUUACAAAAUUGCGCUCCCUUGUUGAAACUAGUGAAGCGAGUUUAAUACAAGAAAAGAGUCUUGUCACUCAACUUCAACAGGAAGUCUCCCAACUCAAGAAUGAGAUUUGCGGUGGUUGUAGCAGCUCAGAACAGUCUAUGCUGAAUGGCCCACCCACAUCAGAUUCUCUACAAUCCGAGCCUCCUCUAGCGUCUCAGACUCUGAUAACCACAUUAAAAUACAAAGAAUACUUCAAGAAUACAGAGUUUGCAAACAAUUCCAUAACCAAGCCUGUCAAUUUGGUUCAGUCUGAACAAGAAAUUGAGAACAGCCCCCUUACUUCAAAAUACUCCUCCAAAUCUUGUCAUAUGACAGAUCACAACACACAGGCUAGUCGGAAGCAAUUGUAUGGUCAACAACAUAAAAAGCACAAGAAAAAGAGGAAGGGUGGUUCAGGAAAAAAAUAACUUCGAAAAAUAAGCUGCGCUAAUGCAAUACGAGUACUGGCGGCUAAAAAAAGAAAGAAAAAAAAAUGGGAAGUGCAAGUAUGAAAUUGCAGCACAAAUGCAGCACUGCUCUAUAGAUAUAAAAUGGCAUACCUUGCUAUUCAAAAGACUAAUACAAAGUGAAAAUACUAUGAAUAAUGUUUAUUGUAAAAAAAAAAUACCAUAUUUUAUUAUGUGGAGAAAAUAUAAAUAAUUAAACUCGUAGUGACUAAAUGGAUAUCUUGAAAUACUGGCGUAUGUGAUGGUUAUAUAUAUAUAUAAAUAUAUAUAUAUAUAUAUAAUUUAUAGAGGUAUAAUUAUAUAUAACUGUACGCUGUACGAUUAUAAGAGUUAUCAAAAAAUCGUGCAUUAUAAAUCACUGACAUUAAUUGUUUAUAUAUUAAAUUUUAUUUCUGUUAAAUCAAUGCAUAAGAAUGAUACUCACGGAUAUCCUUGUAAUUGGAAUAUAAUUUAUAAUUAUGACGUUUACUACGCAUAAUGUAUUCCAUGACUCAAUGUUCUGCAUUACUUCAUAACUUUGAUUGUUUUUUUACUUCAUAUUUUAAUUAAUAUUUUUGUUUCCUGUUUAUUUUCCUUUUAUAAUUAAAGAAAGGUACGCGGAGCAGAAUUAGUACAUGAAUACAUAUUCGCGCGUGCACAUGCAAUAUCAUACAUAAAAUAUAUACUACAUUUUGUUAUCAAUAGUGAACUUGGUACAUCAGAUUUUUUAAGUGAUCAUACUAUUAGUUCCAUUAUAUAAAAGUUCAAGUUUGUUGUUCGAUUUAUGUGCAAUAAUUAACGUUUACUAGAGUGUUGAAGUUGAAGGCCAGUUUUAUGUAUAAAAGUUAACAAAAAUUAACGAUUAUACUGAAUUUAAAAAGUAAUGCGUACAUGACGAAUUUUCAUAGUUUACAUAGGCCUUUAUCAUCAGAUUUAUGAACGUUUUAAUAUUGGAAAAGUGUGUUCGUGAAUAACGAGUAUGCAUUUUUAUAAAUGCACAUUAUAAAAAUUAUUUACGAGUACAUUUUGUCUAGUUUUAGAACGUUCAGCGUUCAAAUGAAUGAACGAUUUUAAGGGCAUUUAAAAAACAAACAAUGCUUGCAACUAUUAUGUUUAUAUUUAGUCAUACUCUGUUUAUGUAAAUGAACAAAGUGAAGUAUUCUAUAUUAUUGUUAUAAAGUAGUGAUAUUAGAAAUGCUCAGAUGAUUUUUUUAACAAUUACAGCAUGACCGUUCAGAAAAACACUGUUGGAAAUUAAUUGUAUAUUUGAAAGAGUUCUUUGUUCAUUCUAUAUAAUUGAUUGGUUGCGUACUGAAAUACUGAUUUUUGUAAGAAGCAUGUAAGUGUUUAGUACACCCCGUACUUAUUUACCAUUUUGUACCUAGAACGCAUAUUCAGUUAAAUAUAAUAAAAAUUUACUGUUUUACUUGA